UGAUAGGAACUAGCUCCUACUUAAUUAUUGCCGCACCUUUGAUAAUUAAUUAGCUAACAAGACUUGGAUGACGAUUAGGCAUAAAAUAUUACCAAGUUUUGGCUUUUAGAGGUAAUCAAAGCGCUGAUUAAUCAUCAUGCGUCAUCCGCUCAUUGUUUAGUUAUAUACCCAGUCAGAUGUACAUAGACUGUUAGGCAAAUCAGAGCUAGAUAAUAAUUUAGUAAACAAUAUUAAUAUUCAGGUUUUCAACAUAUCUAAAGGACGGGUCGCCACGUCCAGAAUUUUAUAAGCACAUUCGAAUAUUCAAAAGAAUUAUUAACUAAACGAUUGUGUUUUUCUCUAUUUUAAUUUUCUAUAAAAAGGUUAUUUCAUAAGAGAAAAUACCAUCCCAAGGGCAUUAGCAAUUCAACUCAUAUAGCAACAUGAAAUGAAAUUCUAGCGAUUGUAAUCAUCAAGGGCAUGCAAACAUCUAACCUAAGAUAGACAUGUAAAAUAAAGUGGUUGUUAUUUUGCAGUCUUCAUUUGUUCAUUAAAGUCGAUGCUCAACUCAUUAAGUAUGUUUAUAAAAACACUUCUAUUGGGUGGCAUUCUCACUAGUAUUCCUAUAGUCUUGAUUUUUAACAAAAGCAUAUCUUAUAUAUAGAAUAUUAGUGGUUUAUUCAAUUUCGGUAAAAUGUAACUGAGAUUUGAAUGUUUCGAACUCAGAAUCCAUCAUAUAAUACAUCCUGAGACUAGUUCAUUCAUUGGUCACAUCACAGCUCAGAGUCAAAGGAAACACGCAGAUAUAAAUACCUAAGUAGGUUUUGGUGCAUGUAUCUAAACCUAAGUAUGGCCUGGUCUAGUUUAUGCACUUCCCUCUUCAAUAAAAGAUUAAGAAGGUAAGUCACUCAUCCACGUAAUUGAUUGAUUAAAGAGGUAGUUAUAAAUCUACUUACAUUUAGCCUACGAUUGGUAAAAUAAUUAAGUAAUCAAGUGGAAAUAAAAGGGAAAAGAGGAAAAUGGAGUUUAAACGUCAAUAUAGUUUACUCUCACCCUUUGUUCUACUCUUCCAGUAUUUUUUCACCAUGAUUUUUGCACUUCUAGUUUAUGCACUUCGCUUGAAUUAGUAUAUCACAUUCUUAAAAUCCAAGAAAAAAUCAUGGUGAAAAAAUACUGGAAGAGUAGAACAAAUCCUUUUGCUAUUUUCAGAUUCGUGGUUCAGCUUUUGGGAACAUAUUGACAGUAAUAUAUUUGAAUUUUUUUUGUGGUUCAUAAUAUUGUAAAGAUUCCCGCCUGACCGGGGACUUGGGUUCGAUUAUCAGCAGCAGCUACUUAAUUUUUAAAUACCACACCAACUUUGUAUUAUUGAUAUGUCGGUGAUAUGACUGCAUGACGUGGCCACAAACAAGAUCGACAAGCAACACAUGUGUAGCAACUUGCAAGUCUUGUCCUUACGGAUCACAUCAGACCAUCCGAAAUAUACGUGUAAGAAUCUGAACGGAACAUUCGAAAACCCAAUCUUUUUUGUGUUUCUUUAUCGAUCAUUCGAGAACCAAUCAUGUUCACACUCCUCGUACUAUUUUCUUCUUCACAACUCAACAUUCCAAAAACCUCUAAAAUCAAUGGCAGAGUUUCAUCUUCCUCCCGGGAUCGAAAACGAAGCAGAGCAAGAGAACGCUACUUUCAUCGACGACGAGUACCUCGACUACAUCCAUUACUUGGCAUCACGAAGCAGCCAUGAAACGGAGACGUUUGGUUCUUACGAUGAAAUCUUCGGCCAAGUGUUGGGGAAUUCAUCUUCCACGCGGCGGCCGGAAACGGCCGAGGAACUUCCGGCGGUGAACUUGACGGCUGAGGAGUUGACGGAGAGGGGUUUGGUGGUUUGUGCCAUCUGUAGAGAGAAGCUAGCUCCUAGUGAGAGACUGUCUGAGCUUCCUUGUCGGCAUUAUUACCACAAAGACUGUAUCUCGAGCUGGUUGACUAACAGGAACACUUGUCCUCUUUGCCGUCACAAUGUAAGAAACUAGUUGGGCUUUCUUGAAGUUAGUUGGUAAAACUGUAACUUACUCGGAAUAUAUUACAAGAAAGAUCGAGUGAAUUGGCUAUAUCCUACCUAUUCAAAUGUAUUUGCUUAGACUAAUCAACUUUGAAAAUAUGGUUAACAAUUUUGUAGACAAAAGAAAAAAGAUCAAUGGCAACCAAAUCUUACAUGUAUUGUAAAUGAAUAACAUAAUUUUCUAUUUCAGC